CUAAAUUGCGGUUCGUCGUCGACCCUAUUGUGGGACGUAUAUUCGCAUCUUUUCUGCUUUUUGGAAGAGAAAUGUUUUUCUUUCGAUUUAUUCAAAAACACUAAAAAGUUCUAGAUUUUUUCUCUACAAAACAUGCUUAUGUGAGAUACGAUUGAGGCCUUACAGAAAAAGUGGCUUUUUGCUGACUGAGUUUACAAGAAUGUCUUCAGACGUUACGUUAGAGGAGAGAGUUUCCCAGAUCGUUCUGUGGGUGGAAAGUAUGCUUCCUCACGGCCAAAAGACGGAAGCGCUGCGAUCCGUAAUCGCUAACCUCAACAGUCAUUUGAACACCCUAAGCCAGGCGGAUCCCUUUGAUAUCCCUCUAUCCUAUACUAUUCCGUCUGAUUCAGACAGUUCAGCUAAGAGCCCCGAGAUAGCAAACGAAAGCCCUGAACUAACUUUCCCAAUGGGGACCUUGAUGAAAGAGCUGCUAAAGUACUUCAACACGAACGAUCUCUAUGAUUUCUUCAACAUUCCAAAAACGGCUACGGAUGAACAGCUAAAACGCGCCUACCGUAAAAUCUCGCUGGCAGCUCAUCCGGAUCGCGUGGUUAAAGAUGACAAGAAGACUGCCACAGCCAAAUUUCAGGUUGUUGGGAAAGCCUAUUCCAUCUUGUCGGAUAAGCAGAAACGAAGCCGCUACGACAGUACUGGAGUCCUCGAGGACGAGCUGGUUUCCGACGCGCAUCGCGAUUGGUUUGCCUAUUUUCAUGAAAUCUUCCCCGCAAAGACCACGCAGGAUGUCGAUGCAUUUAUUCACGAGUACAUAGAUUCGGAGGAAGAGCAACACGACCUUCUGGUGUAUUAUGUCCGCUUUAAGGGUCAUAUGGAUAGGAUAACGGAAUCUAUGUUCGGAUACGAGUUCCAGCGAGAAGAGACCUUCGGCACCAUCAUCAACCAAGCCAUAAAGGACGGGAAAGUGAAGGAUUAUGAGGCAUUUACCAAAGAGGAUCCGAAAAAGAAGAAUCGCCGUCGUAUACGUGAAUUAGAAGCAAAGAGUACAUCUACGCCGCCGCCCGACCCGGCGUGGCUGCGUAAGAAGCCAUUUUUGAUCAAACUUGAAAUUCUCGAUAAACAUAAUGUAUAUGGAUUCUUCGAGGAUCUGCAAUACGUUGGAGAUUCCUCUACCCCGGAAGCCGUCCUGGAAUGCUUUACCGCGAAGGAUGAUCGAUUUUCGGAUUUGAAUCAAUAUUGGGAUCCGUCGGUGAAGGUCCUAGAUUUUAUCCGGUCCGCGAGUGAGAAUAUUCGUGAUGUAAUAAUGUUCGCUGGUUUGCCCUGUAUGAGACCUGAUUUUUUGGACCGGUUUGCUGGAACGAGUGGAGGAAUAUGCGUCAGUGAAUGCAACCCUUCUAUGGCGUCAGAAAAGUUAGCAGCUGCUAUUCAUGGCUGGUGCGAAUCUUGCUCCGCGGAAUCCCAGCCAGAAACCAGUAUGAACAGCACCGUCAUGGAAGUGGUUCAGUCGGUUGAAAAGCGUCCACUAGAAGACUCAGCAGAAUCGUCGCAGGAGACAACCAAAAAGCCCAAAGGGGAAUUGGAUCGCUUCCGUCCGACGAACCUCUACGACCGUCAGAUCCGCUUAUGGGGAUGGGAAGCCCAGCAGCGCCUGAUGAAAUCCCGCUUGUUGAUGUACGGCCUGAACGGCACCGGGGCCGAGGUGUUGAAGAAUCUCCUUUUGGGCGGUAUCCGCUACAUCACGGUCCUCGAUGCCGCCAGCGUCACCGAGCCCGAUAUCUCCACCAACUUUUUUCUCCGCGAACAGGACGUGGGUCUGAAUCGGGCGGUGGCCAGCGCGGACCGUGCGCGGGUCCUCAAUCCGAUGUGUACGUUGGAGGUUUUAGACGGCGAUGUCACUAUCAUCAACACGGAACUCGUCAAACACUUUGAUCUCGUCCUGGUCAAUGGUGCCAGUAUCAAGGAUGCCGUGCACAUCGCCGGGGUGUGCCGCUCCCUGCACAUUCCCGUGUACAUUUCCCAAAUGCUGGGCUUCCAUGCCUUCUUCGUCAACGAUCUGAACCAGCUGGAUUUUGAGAUUCCGCCGAGUAAAUCGAAUACCGCGGCGGCCCCCAAGGCGGAUGCCAAGACCAAUGGUACCCCGCCAUCGACCAGUAAGAUGUCCAACGGGGAAGCGGAAGUCUGCACUUUUACGGAGGAUAGCGCCAAUACUGAGCCGCAGACCCUGCACAUUACCGCCACGCCGCUGGAGACGGUGCUAUCAUCCGCAGCGGUGCAGCGCUCCGGUGCGGCCUGUCCCAUGGCCAAGCGCUCGCUGGGCAUGAAGCGCAUUGAUCCGUAUUUGAACAUGGAGAUGGUGCUGUUGUUUGUGGAACAGUAUGGACGCUACCCGGCCUACCAGACCGUGGAGGAUGAUCUGCCGAAAUUGCUGGAGAUUGUCAAAGGGCUGCAGAAGGACGGCGACACCCGGGUGCUGGAGCCGGCAGAGUUCUUGAAACCGGAUACGAAUUUCGCCUGUGCAGUGUUCGGGGCGACCUUGGCGCAGGAGCUGAUUACGGUGCUGACGCGCCGCGGGUAUCCCAUUUUUAAUCUGUAUUAUCUGGCGGACAUGGAUGCGAUGGGCAGCCGCGAGUAUGUCCAGUAAGGGGUGGUUUUGUAUUGAUUGCUCUCUUGUUUCUUCGAAGUUUUAUUGAGCUGGUUAUUAUGGCGGUUUUGUGCGUGGAAUUGCUUUUGAGUGUUUGAAGUUUUCCAUAAGAAUCUUGCUGUCGGUUACAAUUUUUUAUUAUUUUUCAGUAAGAAAGUUCAUGCCUGCAUAUCAUCAGGAAUAUUGAAUGAGUGCUUAAUUUUAUGGGUCGCUCGAGUAAAGACGCAGGAGUU